AUGAGCGGCGCCCGCGGCAGGGAGCGGUCGCCGCUGUUUGGGGGCGCGAAUGACCGCCAGGGGGGUCUCUCGGCGGUCGGCACGGACCCCGAGUCGCUGGAGCGGAACAACGACGCGCAGAUCGCGCAGCUCGAGGAUCGCGUGGGGAUGCUGAAGGACAUCACGUCGGGCAUCCACGGGGAGGUUGGGAGGCACAACCGCGUGCUGGACGGCGUGGACGGGGCGUUCAACGUGUCGCGGGCGCAGCUGGGCGGCACGGUGGACCGGUUCAGCCGCGUGAUGGUGAGCCAGGUCAAGUCGAAGCCGCUGGUGACCGUGGGCAUCAUGGUCGCGGCCCUCUGGGUGCUGUACUACGUGGUAUUUAAACGAUGA